AAUUAAAUUUAAAUAGAAAAUAAUAAAAAUAAUAAAUUAAAUAAAAAAAAAAAACAAUUAAAUUAUUAAGUAAGUUUAAAUGCAAAAAUUAAAUUUAUAACUGUCUUGCCAACUUGUGGAAAUUUAUGUAUCUAAUAACCUUUAUUUCAUUUAUGAUAUAAAUAUCACUUGAUUUCUUUCUAUUUUUCAAAUUUUUCAUUUAUUUAUUUAUUUAUUUCUAUUCAUCAACAUCAAAGCAAUUAGUUCUUACUACUCAACAACAACUACAACAACCACAAUAACUUUUAAUUACUAUAUUAUCAACUAAUAACAUUUCUUAUCAAACUAAUUACAUAUAGAUAUCUACUACAUAUAAUUCAUAAUGGUUGUCGCUUUACAUCAAUUCGAUUAUAUCUUUGCCAUUGGUAUGAUCUUUGCAUUCUUAGAUGCUUGGAAUAUCGGUGCCAAUGAUGUUGCAAAUUCAUUUGCUUCUUCAGUUUCUUCAAAAUCUUUAAAAUAUUGGCAAGCUAUGAUUUUAGCUGCCCUUUGUGAAUUCUUAGGUGCAGUUUUAGUCGGUUCAAGAGUUUCUGAUACUAUUAGAAAUAAAAUUGUCGAUGUUUCGCUUUUCGAAGAUACUCCAGCUGCUCUUAUGUUAACUAUGGCUUGUGCUUUAGUCGGUUCUUCUCUUUGGUUAACUUUUGCUACAAGUAUUGGUAUGCCGGUUUCUACUACCCAUUCCAUUGUUGGUGCUGUUAUUGGUGCUUCAAUUGCCGCUAAAGGUGCUCACAACAUUUUAUGGGGUUGGAAUGGUGUUGCUCAAAUCAUUGCUUCAUGGUUUAUUGCUCCACUUUUAGCCGGUUGUAUUGCAUCCAUAGUUUUCUUAAUCAAUAAAUUUGGUGUUUUAGAAAUUAAAAACCCAAAAACUUCUUUAAGAAAUGCUUUAUUCGUUGCUCCAGUUUUAGUUCUUUUAACUUUCUCCAUUUUAACCAUGUUAAUUGUUUACAAAGGUUCUCCAAAAUUACACUUAGAUGAUUUAAGUGAAGGUACUACUGUUGCUGCUAUUUUAGGGACUGGUGGUGUUGCCACUGCUGUUUACAUGCUUUUCUGUUACCCAUACUACAGAAGAAUUUUGGUUCAUGAAGAUUGGACUUUAAAAUGGUACCAUAUGUUUAUUGGGCCAAUCUAUUGGUUUAAAUCUACUGCCGAUAUCCCACCAAUGCCAGCUGGUCACCAAUUAGUUAUUGAUUAUUAUGAAGGUAGAAGAUAUGACGAAAAAGAUCAAGCUGCUACUGAUAUUCAACAAAACUCUUCUGAAGAAGGUUCUUCAAUUGAUAAGGAAUAUGAUGGUGUUAUGACUGAUAUGGAAAAGCAAGAUAAAGCAAUCGUUCCAGCUAAAAAACAAACUACUAGACAACUUUGGUGGUCAUUACUUAAACAACCAAAACAAUGGCCAUACUUAGUUUGGUUAGUAGCUUCUCAUGGUUUUGUUCAAGAUGUUAUUACUAAUCAAGUUACUCAAAAAGAUUUCUUAUCUGGUGAUCUUAAAGGUAUGCAUCAACAUUCUAAAUAUUAUGAUAACAAAAUUGAAUUCUUAUAUUCCUUAUUGCAAGCUAUUACUGCCUCAACUAUGUCUUUCGCUCAUGGUGCUAACGAUAUUGCUAAUGCUACUGGUCCUUUAGCUACUAUUUAUGUUGUUUGGACUACUAAUACCGUUGGUAAAAAGAAUGAUGUUCCAAUCUGGGUUUUAUGUUACGCAGCUGCUGCUUUAGUUAUCGGUGUCUGGACUUUUGGUUAUAACAUCAUGAGAAACUUGGGUAAUAAAUUAAUCUUACAAUCUCCUUCAAGAGGUUUCUCUAUUGAAUUAGGUGCUGCUAUUACUACUGUUAUGGCCACUCAAUUAGCUAUUCCAGUCUCUACUACUCAAUCUGCUGUUGGUGCCACUGUUUUCGUUGGUCUUUGUAACAGAGAUAUUAAAGGUGUUAACUGGAGAAUGGUUAUCUGGUGUUAUCUUGGUUGGAUUUUCACCUUACCAUUAGCCGGACUUGUUGCUGGUCUUUUAAAUGCCAUCAUCAUUCAUGCUCCAAGAUUCGGUGAAACUUACGCUUUAUCUGGUUAGAUUUAAUUCGUAUACUACUGUGAUUCUUCUUAUAUAUAUAUAACAAAAAAUUUUAAAUAUUCCUUUUUAUUUCAUUUGGUCGUCUUUUUUUAAUAUUAAUACAUUUAAUUAGUUCUUAAAAUUCUUAAUUUGUAAUUCAUUCCCAACUAUAAAUUGACUUCUUAAUAGUCUUUCUAUUAGCUUUA